AUGAUCUCUCGACGUCCACUGACGAAGCUAUUCACACGCGGGAUGCAGUCUGUCUCGCGCACCCCGUCAACCACACCGGCGCUCUCCCGAGCCCUCGGCUCAGGCUCAAGAAGCCUGUCUUAUACACCGCAUACCACGUUAUCUCUACGACCGCAGCGGAAUCAGAGUCGGAAUCAGAACCAAUAUCGAUCCCAGACGGUCCGACAGAAGAGUGAUGAUGGGAUUUCCUUGAAAUCCUACGGUUUUGAAGAUAUCACCGCCUCCCUCCCCUCCGACUCUCCCUCCCCCCCUUCAUCACCCCAGAAGAACCUCAUCCUCGUGGACGUGCGCGAACCUGUCGAACUGACCGCUACGGGCAUCAUUCCCUCUGCCAUCUGCGUGCCGCUGGCAUCGCAGCCGGACGCCCUCUUCCUGACCCCGGAUGAGUUCGAGACACGCUUCGGGUUCCCCAAGCCCGGCGCCGACCGGGAGAACCGGAAUACGGAUAUCGUCUUCUACUGUAAGGCUGGGGUGAGGGCUCGCGCGGCGGCGCAGUUAGCCGUGCAAGCGGGUUACGAUCCUGAUCGUAUAGGGGUUUACGAUGGGAGUUGGUUGGAUUGGGCGGAAAAGGGAGGGAAGACGGAGAAGUGGGAGGGAGGGGAUUAUGAGUAA